UGCAACAAUUCGUUCUCGCUCCUCUCUGGUUGGGCUCUUCAAACCGUUAAACCCAUCGCCAUUGACUCCUUUGUCCCCUUCCUCCUGCGUUUUCAUCGAAAUCCCAGAAAUCCCACCUCAAAACUCUCAAGAAUCACUCACCCAUCUCGAAGAAAUGCUCGAAUUCAAGACCAUCGAGAAGAAAAUGUGGAUGUUUUUUCACUGAUCUCUUCCCCUUUAAACCUACCCAAGAAUUGUCCUUUUGCGUAAUGGAAGCUAGCACCAUACGAGCAGCAGCAUUGAUCAUCAGCAGAAACAACAAAAUCGUCAAACAACCCAACUUCCCUCUUCAAAAGCUUUCCUUUUGGUUUGCCCCCGCCACUCGUCCUCCUGGUCUCGUUGGCUCUUAACCACAACUCUUUGAUAAUCUUAGUCUCGAUGGUUGCUUACUUUAAGAAUUCGUCAUCUGGGCAUGGUUUUUCGGGUCCUUUUGAUCCGUUUCCGUAUGAUUUUGGUGCAUUUGAUAGAGGUUGCAGAAGCAGGCCGGGCUCACAGUCUCUGGUUUUGGAUAGCGAGAAGGGGGAGCUCGUAAAGAUGCCAGUGAGUGUGGGGAAAAAGAAUGUCUCCGACGAGAAAAUUAUUGCGGCUUUGAAGAGUCACAGCGAGGCAGAGAGGAGGAGGAGGGAGAGGAUCAAUGCUCAUCUUGAUACACUUCGCGGUCUUGUGCCUUGCAGAGAAAAGGAAUGACCUGCAUCGUAAUAAGAAGUUUACACAAAGAAAAGAGGAGGACAGUGUAUAUGUUUAUGUUGUCCAGUAUUAACCGUGUUUGAUGAGGUAAGUAAAUUGUAGAAAGGAAAUGAGAUUGAUCAUCCAAGGAAGCUUCCUGCCUUUAAUCAUCUGACGGAGGCUUCCUGCCUUUAAUCAUCUGAAGGAAGCUUCCUGCCAUCUUAUUUAAUUAUCCUUUGGUCAAAACAACAUAUACAAUUAUGGAGGUUGACAACUCUUUCAUGCAAGUUCAACUAUUUUAUUUUGCUGAACUACAUGUUAUUUAACAAGACAAGUUUUAAUCAUAAUAUUAUAUAAAAUUUUUGCUAUCAAAGACUAUGCUCGGUAGGAAACCACAUAUACGUUAGUCGUUAGAAUAGUGGGACCAUUUGCUAUUUGUUGGGCCAUGGAUACCCAAGGAGGUCUAUGUCUUUAGUAUUUUAAUUAAUUAUUAGAUGUAUAUUGCUUAGCUGAUCAAAAUCAUAUUUUAUCAUGGUUGGGAUACAUAAGCAAGGAAAAGACAUCUGGAAAAAUUAAGAUCGUUCCUUGUCCUUCUGUUUUAUUUUCCUUGUCUGCAUUUGUCAAAGUUUGUUUAUCAUUAACCAAGUCAAAGGAUUCACUCAAGUUUUUCUUGAAAAAUCUUGUGCUAUUAUCAUGUCAUUACUAGCCUGAUCUGAUUCCUGCCCUAUUCAUUAGUUGAUUUAUGUUGAGUCAACAUGGCAAGCUGUCAGAUAGUAAAUUCUUAUCCUCAGUGAGGCUAUAAGUUAUCUUUGCAAGCGCUAUUGGUUUAAGAAGGCAUCUUUUUUCUUGUGGAAUUAUGAAGUUUCUACCUGUUAUAUGCAGGCGAUUCUAGCAGCCAUUUACCUU